CUUAAUAUCAUAUUUUAAUGGCAUAUUUUAAAAUUAUAGCUUAAUAUCAUAGUGUAAUAUCAUAGUGUGAUGUCAUAGUGAAAUAUGCGUUAAUUGAUCUGCGUUAAUUGAUGUGCGUUGACCCCUAACAUGACUCCAGUCCCAGGUCGCUGUCUGUGCUGCUAAUGUCCGUCUCCACCAGCCCCGCGUGAAGUCCCCGUCACCAUGACGACUACAGGUCACACCUGUCCCCAGGACAGCGCCACAGAAAACAACAGGCUCCUCUCCUCCGUGACCGGCUAUGGGUCCCAGGAACCUCUUGGGGGCGGGACCCCUCGUCCUCCUGCUCUGGGGGGCCCUGAGUCCCUGCAGAGGCCGAGGAAGGAGGAAGAGGAGGAGGAGGAGGUCCUGAAGAGGAACCUCAAGUACUUCUUCAUGAGCCCUUGUGACAAGUAUCAGGCCAAGGGCCGCAAGCCUUUCAAACUCUUCCUGCAGCUGCUCAAGAUCUUCAUCGUGACUCUGCAGCUGACGCUGUUUGGACUGAGCAACCAGAUGGUGGUGACCUUUAAAGACGAGAACACGGACGCGUUCAAGCAUCUCUUCCUGGAGGGUUACUCGGACCGGGGUCCUCAGGCCGCGCACACGCAGGAGGAGGUCUACAGCCGCGUCCGCUUCGCCGUCCAGCAGUACCUGGCCCUGCCCCGGAUCUCCGUGGGCCGCUAUGCGUACGUGUUGGGGGUCGGGGUGAACGGCAGCGCCCUCUCCCUCUGCCAGAGUUGCUAUAGCAACGGCACCAUCGACCCCGUCAACGACACCUUCCACAUCGACCCCCACGUCGUCACCGAUUGCAUCGGCCUGAACCCACCGACGGACACUUCUGCUGCAGGAAACCCCGACUACAAGAACUUCACUCUCCAGUUUCACAAGCUGAUCAACGUAACCAUUGACUUCCAGCUGAAGGCCAUCAACAUUCAGACCGUUAUACACAAUGAAAUCCCCGACUGCUACACCUUCGCCAUCACGAUCGUCAUGGAUAACAGCGUGCACAGCGGCAAAGUGAAGAUCCGUCUGCAGAACGAGGCCUCCAUCCACGAGUGUAGAGACCCCAACCUGUCUGGACACGCGGAGAACUACGCCCGGGAGUUCCUGGACGUGCUGGUGGCGUCCGUCUGCCUGCUGUCGCUGCUGCUGUGCGGGCGCUCCAUCUUCAGAGGCGUCCUCCUGCAACACGCGUACGUUCGGUUCUUGAGACGGCGCCUCGGCCGCGCCGUGAGCUGGAGCGACAGGAUGGAGUUCAUCAACGGCUGGUACAUCCUGCUCAUCGUCAGCGACAUGUUCACCAUCAUCGGCAGCGUCAUCAAGAUCGGGAUCGAGUCCAAGAGUUUGUCGUCGUAUGACAUGUGCGGGAUCCUGCUGGGAACCUCCACCCUGCUGGUCUGGGUCGGAGUCAUCCGCUACCUCAGCUUCUUCCAGAAAUACAAUAUCCUGAUCGUGACUCUGAGCGCUGCUUUUCCCAACGUCAUCCGCUUCUGCUGCUGUGCAGCCGCCAUUUAUUUGGGAUAUUGCUUCUGUGGAUGGAUUGUGCUGGGCCCCUAUCACACCAAGUUCCGGACCCUGUCCAUGGUGUCCGAGUGCCUGUUUUCUCUGAUCAACGGGGACGACAUGUUCGUGACGUUCGCCGAGAUGCAGCGCAGCGGCACGCUGGUCUGGGUCUUCAGCCAGGUCUACCUGUACACCUUCAUCUCCCUCUUCAUCUACAUGGUGUCCUCCCUCUUCAUCGCCCUCAUCACCGGGGCCUACGACACCAUCACGGCUCGGACCCAGGAGCGAGCCGGCGUCACCGACCUGCACGCGUUCAUCGCGGCGUGCACGGACACGCCGAGCUCCGGCAAGUUCCGAGGACCCGAAGCUCCGCCGUCGUGCUCCCUCCUCUGCUGCGACUGGUGAACAGGACCCACAAUGCAA